AUCCUGUCACCCUACCAAUUCUGAGGGACAUGGAGGACACUGGUCUGUUUUGGAAAAUGGAACGAUUGUCAGCCAAUGGCAGCGCCAUAAACAACAACUAUAGCCAAAAGGAUAUUGUUGAAGUACCACUACGAAAUGGUUCUAACUCAAGCUCACAAUUUGUUGGCGUGGAGUUAGUCCAAUCCUUCAAGCCCCUGAUCAUCCCUUGCUAUGCCCUUGUAGUGAUGGUUGGCAUAUUUGGUAAUUAUCUGCUCUUGUACGUGAUCUGUCGGACUCGGAAGAUGCACAAUGUCACCAAUUUCUUCAUUGGAAACCUGGCAUUCUCGGACAUGCUGAUGUGUGCCACCUGUGUGCCUUUCACAUUGGCCUACGCCUUCAAUCCUCAUGGCUGGGUGUUUGGGCGUUUCAUGUGCUACUUGAUUUUCCUCAUCCAGCCAGUCACAGUUUACGUCUCAGUAUUCACUUUGACAGCCAUUGCUGUUGACAGGUAUUACUCAACAGUUCACCCGCUGAAAAAACGGAUCUCUGUCUCGGCUUGUGCUGGAGUGUUGGCUGGCAUCUGGCUCCUGUCUUGUGCCCUGGUUGCCCCUGCCAUCGCGCACACAUACCAUGUUGAAUUUCAGGAGGAGGGCUUUACCAUUUGUGAAGAGUUUUGGAUGGGGCAGGAGAGGGAGCAUCUCACCUAUGCCUACAGCACACUCAUCAUGACCUACAUUCUGCCACUGUCAGCCCUCUCCAUCUCCUACUUGUGUAUCACGGUGAAGCUGCGUAACAGGGUGGUCCCGGGUCACCCCACGCAGAGCCAGGCUGAGACCGAGCGUAACCGGAAGAGGAAGAUCUUUCGCCUAGUAGUCCUGGUAGUGGCAGCCUUUGGGAUCUGCUGGUUGCCAAUCCAUGUUUUCAACAUUUUGCGUGAUAUUAACAUCAACCUCAUUGACAAGCACUAUUUCCUGCUGAUUCAACUGCUCUGCCAUUGGUGUGGCAUGAGCUCAUCCUGCUGCAACCCCUUCCUAUAUGCGUGGCUACAUGACCGCUUCCGGGCCGAACUGCGUAAGAUGUUUACCUGCCGGAGGAGGAUCAUCAUUCCCAACAACAACUGUGUGACGGUCAACGUGACAUUGUGAGAGGCAGUGAAUGGUGUACAGGUUGUUCAUAAUGGACUAGAAAUGGGCAUUAGCAUCCAGUAGGAGGCACAGUUCUUAAG